ACUUUUGUGUGCCAUACUUAUCAUUAUCAUUCUUAUUAAACAGCAGCAACAACAACAACAAAAGCUUUCAAGAUAUUUUCUUUGCUCACAAUUCCUAUAAUUCCCAUUUCUUAAAGACACUCUUUUAGGUCCAAUAUCGAAGUGUGAUAAUGGGUGCUCUUGAUCAUUUUUCUCAUCUCUUUGAUUGCUCUACUAGCAGCUCCAAGCUCCACAAACGCAAGCAAUUACAGACGGUGGAGAUCAAGGUAAAAAUAGACUGUGAAGGAUGCGAGAGGAGGGUAAGAAAGGCAGUGGAGGGAAUGAAGGGUGUGAAGCAAGUGGACAUACAGCGCAAAGCCCACAAGCUAACAGUCGUUGGAUACGUUGAACCAGCGAAGGUAGUGUCACGUGUCCAACAUCGAACGGGCAAGAAGGCCGAGCUCUGGCCAUACGUGCCGUACGACGAAGUUGCCCACCCUUACGCCGCUGGGGUUUAUGACAGAAGAGCCCCUGCCGGGUACGUGCGAAACCCAGACCAGCAAGUCUCGCAGCUGGCACGUGCCAGCUCGCUUGAGGUGCGGUACACCACAGCAUUUAGUGAUGAGAACCCAACUGCUUGUUCCAUCAUGUGAAAUUUGAAUGAAAAGAAAGAUAGAAAUUGUGACCUUUAUUAUUAAUGAUGAGGAAGAAGAAGAUGGACUUUUUAAUUAAUGUUUUAGGACCCAAGAUUUAUAAAUUUCUAUUGGGUUUUGUGUGAAGUUGCAAUUUUUAUUUUUAAUUUUUGGUCUUUUUAGGUCUUAGGUUCAAAAAUGUUUCAUUAUGUUCUUUUUUGUUGUAUACUUUUAUGAAUUGUAUUGGUAUGAUUUCAAUAUUUUUUUUAAAGGAAAAUUCUAUGACUAGAUCAAUUUGACUAGUUUGUUGAA